GUUUUUUUUUUUUUUUUAAUAAAGCGAGAAGGCCAGUGUGCGGAGAGGAUGCAGCAGCCGAAACUGAUGAUGCUGUCAAGGUCACUCAUCUAUCCGGGACAAUUUAGUUCUUAGAAAUAACUUAAAAUCUCUGAACUCCGAGAAAGUUUUCACUGGAUUCCUACGCCUUUAAAAAAAAAAAAAAAAAACCCAGCCUAUAUCUUUAUAAUAUUUUUCUUGUCUGAGAUCCGCCUCCCUCCCCUCGGGCAGUGUGUUUUUAGUGCGCCGCCAUGUGUGCAUUGCUGCCGGCGUGGCUUUGCCUGCUGCUCGGCUUCCUGCCUCUGGAGAUCCAGUCCCGGGCUUUGACUCUGCAGAGCCUCACUCACAGACACAGGUUGAAUUUACCCAGAACCUCUAAAUACCCAAAGUCUUCUUAUACCACCAUCAUGCCUACUGCGUCUGAUCUCUCAUUUGCCAUUGACAACCACAUCCCCCAGAGAGACAGACAAAUCAUCUGGAGGACCCGGCCCCCGCCGAGGUUGUCAAGCCCGUUGUUUGACCAAAGUGACAGUCUGUCACGAGAAGCGCCGGUCUGGCAGCGUGGAUCACGGGGUCGUCGUCAUGCCAACAGUGGCGGGGCGAGGAGCCACGGACACCUGAUGAGGGUCGGGUGUGUCCUAGGCACCUGUCAAGUUCAGAACCUCAGCCACCGUCUCUACCAGCUGAUUGGACAGAGUGGGAGGGAAGACGCUUCCCCCAUUAACCCUCGCAGUCCUCACAGCUACGGCUAAGACCUCGAAACUAGUGAAACGCCUUUUAAUGACAUAAGAUGACAAGUUACCCAGGUCAUCUGUUGCAUCUGUGACACAAGUAGGGACAAAAAAUAAGGCUUUGCAACCCUAGAAAUUGCAUUUAUAUCAUACUAAAUCAUUUCUUCAAUUGUGAUGUGAUCGCUGGCAGGAUUAUGAGCACUACAUUUAUGUACCAUCACAGGGAGGUGGUCAGAGUGGAUCCCAGGUGUACAAAGUGCAGGACUUUGACACCGCAGUUUGGAAUAUGUUGUCAGUGAACAUUUUAUCGAUACGUUCAGUAUCAACAUUUUCUCAUUAUGUUAGAAAACAUAUAAUUUCUUGGAGACAGGGUUGCACCUGAAUCAUCUGCUCUCAGCUGCUUGGUUGUAGAAGGAUAAUUAUGAUUUAUAACUUAUUUUUGUUGUUUUGACUAUCAUUCUCAAUGGUCAUAAUGAAAUCAUACUCAUCAAGUACAUUACAGACCUUAACAGUCAAACUCAAAUAUUAAACAAAACUCCAAACGGGAAUAAAGACAAGGAACAGUAGAAAUACACCCAGACUGUUUGUUGCUUUAAAGGCCUAGGUCACAUGACAUAGAGACAGCAGCUAUCAACAGCAGUCCAAUGUAGUUUUUUAGUCAUGAAAGUCAGGGUGGCAAAGGAUAACAUUGUAUUUGCCAGAAGUGAACAUCCUAGCAGAUUAGCACAAUAGUACUAGCCCAGCUAGUCCUGUUGGACACGUGACCCUUGCUUUGCUGGUUGUAUCUGUCUCCCCACAGUUUACAGGCCAACUUCCAGGUUACACUUAUCACGACCAACAUUUUUGGUGUCCUCACAUGUGGUUUUACCUCCAAAUUAAGCAUUUUAGGUGGCUAAACAUUUGGCUCAAGAAGAUACAAGGAGUUUCUUGCCCCAUCAGAAUAUGGAUGUACUUCGAUGAUAAGUACGAUAUCGUAAUAACCUAUGAAUAUGAUGGUCAACACUAAAAAUAAAACAAUCCAGAAUCUCUGAGAGUUUCUUUAAUAUUAUGGUCUCUAGUUUCACAGUGGUUGCACAGAUUAGAGUGUUUCCGCCCAUUACCACCAGUUAACUGCAGUGAAACUAGAGUCCUAGGCUGUUUGGCAUUUAAAGGACCAGUGUGUAUGAUUUAGUGGCAUCUAGCGGUGUAGUUCCUAUUUGCAACUCUUUGCCUCAUCCUCUACUUCCUACCAUGAAGGAGAAACUACAUGAACAUUUCAGAGGGCCCAGUCUAGAUCCAGUGUUCAGUUUGCGCUCCCUGGAAGAGGAUCCACAGCCUUUGUAGAUAUAAACAUUCAUUCUAAAGUAACAUAAUGAUUCUUAUUUUCA